AAUUUUUGUUUUUUGUUUUUUGGUUGAAUUUAGAAAUUAGAAGUAAUAAUGUUUUCAUCGUUAGUCGCUAGAAGAUCAUCUUCUAUUGCUGUAUUGUUUGUUAGGAAUGAACGAUUUUUCAGUUCUUUUUAUCGGGCUAGAUAUGCUAAAUCAGUUUUUAAUAGUGAUUUGAAUUUCAAUAAUAAUUUUGGAAAUAAUUAUAUGCCAAAUAUUGUUUAUUUGAAUAAAAACAAUGAUUUUUUACCAAUAGAUGAUAUAAAUCCUAUUGAAUUUAGAGAAGAGUUGAUAAAUACGAGUGCUGAUUUAGGCUCUUCAUCUUCUGUUGAAGAAGAUAACAAAAAUACUAAUCAAAGUGAUAUUUAUACACAAUUACCAGAUGAUUCUCAGUUUAUUACGCAACAUUACAAUGAGUUAAAGAUUUUUAAAAGUCAUUUAGUGAAAAACUAUAACAAAAAAUUUCAGGAUUUUAAAGCAAGUGAAUUAUUAAAAGAGUUGAUUUUUUUCAUUAAUAGUAAUAUUGAGCAAUCAAAUAAGGCAAAUGGUACGAUAGAGGAGUUCAAUGUGAGAACCUUUAAAAAAUUUUAUAACAAUAUUAAAAUUACAUUAAGAUUGAAUGGUAAUUAUACGUUUACAUUAGAUUUAUUACUACAAAACAAGGAAAUUUUCGAUAAUAUUAAUAAAAAAAUUCAAGAUAGCAAAAAAUAAAUAGUAAAG